UGAGUUCGGUGCCCGAAAGCGGAAGAGACCAAUGUACCAAGUGCGAUCGCAACCCGAGGAGACCCCCAACUAGGAUGGUGCAGAGCGAGAAUCCCAGCAGCCUGGGACCCGAGGAGCAGGAUGUGGAGACUGGCAGCCCCGAAUCCCGAGACGAAUCGGACGUUGAGUCCCGACUCCUGGACAAUGGCAAAACCCACGACAAGGAAAAGGAGGCGGGAAUCAAUCUGGACGGCGAGGAGGCCACACCGAAGAAAGGCAAGUCCAAAAAGAAGAAACAGAAGUCCGAACAGGAUCGGCUCAUGACGGCGGAAAUCAACAAGUUGCUGGAGGAAUCUCCGCUGGAGAGGAACGUAACCUGCGGCUUCUGGAUAUUUAAGGGAAGGUUCUAUCAACGAUUUGCCAACCAAACUGCAUACGUUUUGCUCUACGGCAUCGUGGGCUGCAUCUUUUCAAUGACAUAUGCCUACUUUAAUGGCACAAUCACCACAAUAGAGAAGCGCUUUAAGAUACCCUCGAAGAACACGGGCAUUAUAUCGGUGGGCAAUGAUAUAAGCCAGACUUUGGUGUCUGCGGUUUUGGCCUACUAUGCGGGAAAGGGUCAUCGGCCGAGAUGGAUUGGGUUUGGUCUCCUAACCAUCGUAUGUUUCUGCGUUCUAACCACCGCACCACAUUUCCUCUACGGACCCGGCGAGGAUGCACUGGCUCUGACCUCGGAGUUUGGCGGGAUGCCCGAUGAAAAUGCCACAAUGGAGGCCAUUGAGGAGCAGCGAUCCAAGACGCUUUGUCGUUUGAAUGGCGGCGGGGCGGAAUGUGAAGUCGGUGAAGGGAACUUUGCGCCCCAACUCCUGCUCUUUGUGGCGCAGUUUAUAUCUGGAAUCGGGGGAUCCCUAUACUACACCUUGGGAGUGUCCUACAUGGACGACAACACUAAAAAGUCCAAGACACCGGCCUUGCUGAGUCUCUCGUACUUCCUGCGCAUGUUGGGUCCUGCCAUUGGCUACGCCUUGGCAUCCUUCUGCCUGCGCCUGUACAUCGCUCCGCAGAUGCAUCCGGUGAUCAACAACAAGGAUCCGCGCUGGCUGGGUGCCUGGUGGUUGGGCUGGUUGGUGAUGGGCUGCCUGCUUUCCUUCUCAGGGGUUUUCCUCUCGAUGUUCCCCAAAGAAUUACCCAGAGCAGUGGCUCGCAGGAAGGUGGAGGAGAAUCGCAGGCGCGAAAAGGAGCGACUAACGAUGAAGAGUACGGAGAAGGAACGCCUAACGGCCGAGUUGGACCAAAAGGCUCCCGCGGAAGGGAAAGCCUCCUUCCAGGACAUGCUGAAGACCUUCCGCCGCCUGAUCACCAAUAAGACCUAUAUGUGCAACACCCUCUCGAGCAUUUUCUACCUGGUUGGCUAUACGCCCUACUGGAUAUUCACGCCCAAGUACAUCGAAGUGCAGUAUCGCCAGUCGGCGGCCACUUCGUCCAUGGUCACCGGAACAGUGGCCCUGGCCUUCUCCGCCGUGGGAGUCCUGCUCUCCGGCUUCAUCAUCUCCCGCUAUAAACCCAGGGCCCGCUACAUGGCCGCCUGGAACGUGAUCGUGGGCUUCCUCACGGUGGCCGGUAUCCUGGCCUACGCCUUCAUCGGCUGCCCGGGUAACGAAAGCUCCGUGAUUGUCAACAUCCAUGAUAGUUCCCUCGCGGGCAACACCACCACCUGCAAUUCGGCCUGCUCCUGCGAUUACGUCCGCUACUCUCCAGUUUGUGGCGAGAACAACAUGACCUACAUAUCAGCCUGCCACGCGGGAUGCAAAAGUCUGCAUGUCAACUCGGAAGGAAAAAAGAUCUUCUACGAUUGCUCCUGCAUUCCUGGCGACGACACUGGCAAUUCCACGGGCCAAUUCAAGCGCCUAACCAGCUCCGAUUUGAAUAGCGAUGACUUUGGUCAGGACACAUCGAUGCUCAGUCCAUUGGAGAGUCUGGCGAAUGGCCAGGCAAUGCCCGGGGCCUGUCCCGUGAACUGCUGGACCCAAUUCGUGGCCUUUUUGGCCGUGAUGUGCUGCCUUAAGUUCGUGGGUGCCAGUGGCAGGGCCUCCAACUUCCUGGUCUCCGUACGUUGUGUCCCCGAAAAGGACAAGACGGCGGCCAUGGGCUUUGGCAUGACCCUCUGCUCGAUGCUGGCCUUCAUUCCCAGUCCGAUAUUCUUCGGUUGGGUCUUCGAUAGGGUCUGCCUAGUGUGGGGCAAGACCUGCACAAACAAGGGAAACUGCUGGCUCUACGACCCGCUUUCCAUGAGGUACACGCUGAACUUCACCGCUGCUGUCUUUAUUGCCAUCGGGGCCAUUUUCGAUUUGGGCGUCUGGUACUACGCCAAGGAUCUGAAAAUCUUCGACGAGGACGUCAAGGAGGUGGAGAUGCAGAUUGUCCAGCACGAGGAGGAGGCCAGCAACGAGAAGAACACCGAGAUCUAGACCUAAGUUAUUAUUACUCCUAAGUGCUGUGUGAGAGUGAGAGUUUUGGUGCCUUGAUUUGUCAAUAUCCAUGUGUGAUUCCUCCCCCGUAGAGUCCAGUACCAUAAUAAACGGUAUUGUAUCAGUAAGGUUGCCCCACUGUAUAUACUCGUAUGGUGAUUGCUGACAAUUAAAGAGCAGAUCCCGAUUAGAAAGAUAAA